UAGUCGAACCUCGCGCGCCGUCGUUUGUGGACGUUUGAAAAUGACCUCCGUUUCGGUAUCUUCGAACAGUCGUCGCAUUCAUGUUUUAAUCGUACUGUUUUUCAUCGGUCAUCUGAUACGCGAUGCGGAUAGUUAUUACAAAAAUCGAGAAGAUAAAUCCAAGUGUCCAAAAGUAAAAGCUAUACGAAACUUUGACAUAAGUGAGUUCCUGGGAUCCUGGUACAUCGUCCAGUAUUAUGCCAGUUCGGAAGAAGCGCUCGCGUAUAGGUGUAUGAGAGCGGAAUUAUCAGUGUCUACUGAAAAUGCCGAAGUCACUAUGAAUUUCACCUACAGUUUCACCGAUGAUCCUAUCAACGAACAGCUAGUCGGAAAUAUUACCUGGAAAAUUCCAUCGCCAGAUUUACCCGCUCAUUGGGUUCACGCUGAAGACACAUACGAGGGUAUCUACAACACCUACAUUCUUGAUUCAGACUACAAGUCGUGGGCAUUGCUAAUGCAUUGUGCGGAAAAAAGUAAAAGUCCGCGCUACCUUUCUAGCUUUAUUAUGAGCCGUGAACCUGAACUUGGAGUAAACGUCAUCUCGUAUCUUCAAGAGAAAUUACCCAGGUACGACAUCGACUUGGAGUACAUGUUCCCAAUGACCCAGGUCAACUGCACAACGGUUGAUCCAGGUCUUGGAUUGAUCAUGCCUCCGAUGGUUAACGCAACGAGGCGACGAAGUGGAGUGCGACGUCAUCCCCUCAAAAGGAAACACCGUCGAUCGUGAUUAAACAAAAUUGCGUGUAUGGUUUAAUUUUAAUAUCAUUGAAGCUCAAAAUUCCGAAGGAGUCGAGGUGUAUAUGUACAAUCUUUAUACGUACAUUAUGUAUGCACAAUAUCACGGAAGCACACGAUAAUUGUGAAGGGUUGGUAUUUGUAUGAAUUUGUUAUAUUUACUUUUUUUGAACGAUGAGGACAUCGCUCAUUGAAUCAAUAAGAAUUGACUGACAUACCACGUGGAAUAAGUUGGAAAACAUUGGGGUUGAAAUAUUUAUUUUGUCAUUCAUAAGUAUUUCUAUAAAUACCUUUCAUAUGUACCUACUUUACUGCGUCGUAUCUGCGUGAAUUGCUUCAACCCUUGAAUCGAAGAGAAAAAACUGAUUUUAAAACAAUCGGCACUUCAAUUAAACAAAGAUGGUGUGAAAAUAUUCAUCAUCAGCAAUAUACACAAUGCAUUUUCAAUAAUAGGUUAAAGUCUAUGACUCGUGAUAUCCUAAAAUAAAUUGCUUUCAUAUAAUCUAUAACUAUGGGAUUGGUGUUCGUGAUUUGUACAUUGAGUAAUGCGAUUGUACUUGAUUCGAUCCUAUCGGAAAUAGAAAUAUUGUAUACAUAUAAUACAUAAUUUUAAAAAAUAUACAAUGUUGAGAAAAACAUAAGUAUAUGAGGAUUCACAUUGACAUGUUGUCAAUAUGUAUACUUUUUGUAAAUAAAAUUGUGCCAUAUUAUGCAGAUAUAA